CAGGUGAGCAGUCGCUGGUCGUCGGGGCGGCCGGCCGGGCGCGGCGGCUCCAGGGCCCAGCAUGCGCGGGGGACCCUGCGGUCACCAUGUACGUGGGCUAUGUGCUGGACAAGGACUCCCCCGUGUACCCAGGCCCCGCCAGACCCUCCAGCCUCGGCCUGGGCCCUCCGACCUACGCGCCCCCGGGUCCGGCGCCAGCGCCCCCGCAGUACCCCGACUUCGCGGGUUACACGCACGUGGAGCCGGCGCCCGCGCCCCCUCCGACCUGGGCUGCGCCCUUCCCUGCGCCCAAGGACGACUGGGCAGCUGCCUAUGGCCCGGGCCCCGCGGCCCCCGCCGCCAGCCCGGCCCCGUUGGCCUUCGGGCCCCCUCCGGACUUUAGCCCGGUGCCCGCGCCUCCCGGGCCUGGUCCCGGCAUCCUGGCGCAGUCCCUCGGGGCUCCGGGCGCACCGUCCUCGCCAGGAGCACCAAGGCGGACGCCCUACGAAUGGAUGCGGCGCAGCGUGGCGGCUGCAGGCGGCGGUGGCAGCGGUAAGACUCGGACCAAGGACAAGUACCGCGUGGUCUACACAGACCACCAACGCCUAGAGCUGGAAAAGGAGUUUCAUUACAGUCGGUACAUCACUAUCCGGCGCAAGUCCGAGUUGGCUGCUAACCUGGGGCUCACAGAGCGGCAGGUAAAGAUCUGGUUCCAGAACCGCCGGGCCAAGGAGCGCAAAGUAAACAAGAAGAAACAGCAGCAGCAGCAGCAACAGCAGCAGCCCCUGCCUCCUACACAGCUGCCCCUGCCCCUGGAUGGCACCCCCACACCAUCAGGGCCACCCCUAGGAAGUCUAUGCCCUACUAAUGCUGGCCUUCUGGGCACCCCCUCCCCAGUGCCUGUCAAGGAGGAGUUUCUACCCUAG